AUGAAACCAGUGUUUCCCCAGUUCUCGAGACUCGCCAGACCACGCUCCACGCCACCCAUCAGACUCAUCAGGACAAUCUCCGCUGUCCACAUGGCGAAUCAAUCUAGUCAAUUUGGCAACUGGCCCGCAGACAAAGUCCGAAAGACGUUCUUCGAGUACUUCGCCAGAUCAAACGGCGUGGGGCACAGUGUCGUUGGCUUCAGGCCAACUGGUCGCUUCUCCCAUCGUUGA